AUGCAGUCUAAACCCCUCAAAUCGAAAAUGUCUCAGAGGGUAUUGUAUCGCGCCAUCCUCCAUGGACCCAUGACAUGGAAAACAUCACAUUCCGGAGGCCAGGUGUGCGACGAAGCGCCGUAUUUGGUGGCAUUUGAACCGAUGGGCUCGGUCGUUGUACUUGCUCAGGGUACAAUGGUACUUCCACAGUUGUUUAUUUACGGAACAAAGGGAGAAGAACGUCAGGUCUUGUCGGUUUUCGUAUUCGCUAAAGCUACGGUCGCAAAAGAGUUUGUAUCUGCCCUCUACAAAGCUAUAGACAGGAGGUUCAAGUUGCUGGAUAUCCUCCAGUCACCGCCUCUCUUGGAACUCGUUAAAAAGUCACUCUCCUCCUUUCACCUGCCGCUGGAAAUUGUCUUGAGAAAAAUCGACUACUCGUUAGCGCGCAGAUCACACUCGCUGAGGAAGGAUACAGCGUCCACAAAGUUUGGUGGUCCGCUGAGUGAACAUAAUACAACCGGGAUAAUCGACUCUUAUAAUUUACGAGUGGGUCUUGGUGAAGGAAUUCCUAGUAUUAAGGAUUUGACUGAGCUUAAUCAACACGUUCUCAAGUGUUUGGACCGCAAAGGUGCCAAUGUUAACAGGCUCUCCUUGAGCUUUUACAAGUUGGGAACACUAGGCAGUGGUGACACUUCCGCUAUAAAUAUGCCUCAUCGACUGGGUUGUAUGACUCCCGGACCGCUCAUGCAAACACCCUCGGUCUAUCAAGUACCCAAUGGAACAAAGAGUCUAUUUGGUGAUGUUCCCAGAAACGUUGCAAGAUCCAUAACUUCGGGCAUGAGCAAGCCUGGCGAAUGCAGGCUCAAGGUUACAAAAUCUGCAAUGGGUACCAGAGACUGUGGUAAGAGUGUAGAUCGGGUAAUUGAUCAUUCCAUUGAUUUGGACAGGCUUCGUAACAUGUCUACGGAUGACGCUGGGCAAAGCUUUGUUGCCCUGGAUUCUAUACGGGCCACUAUUCAGUCCACAGAUCGGCCCCUUGACCUUUCCAAGACCAGUGAAGGUGGUCAAGAAGAUGAUGUUGUAUCGGGGGUUAAUGAUGCUACAAACGUUCCAUCUGUCGAUAAUGUCAAAAGUACGGGAAACGAGGACUAUAAAACGCUUGUUGAGGAUUUAAAGAGGGUAUCCGAGGAAAACUUGCGCAUGAAACAGGCAAAUCAAAAGUAUAAAACUAGAAAUUCCAAGCUAAAUGAGCAAAUUGAACUUCUCAAGCGUGAACAUGAGCGUCAGCUUGUAACGCUGAAAAACGAACAUGAACAUGUGAUUAAAAAUUUAAAGAGUGAGCACGAGUAUGAAUUGGAAAGUGUAAGGAAUGAUUGUGAAGAUGAAAUGGAUGACAUGAGGAGGGAUUGCUUGCGUGAACUCGACUACAUGGCUGGUCAGCAUGAGAAUCAUAUAUCUACCACUAAACAUGAGCUGAAUGAGACUAGAAUGUUGCUAAAGGAGGCUCACUUGACCAUUCAGUCAAUGGAGGAGGAAAUUGCCAAGAGCGCUGCACAGGAGCAAAACUUGGCAACCUCCCUCAAUGAACAUGCAAGGUUAAUGAAGAGGCUAAAACAUGUGGAAGAAAAGUAUUCACAGGUUUCUUCUCUAUUGAAAAAGGGAGAAGAGGAUUCGGAAAAGUAUGUAGAAUUGCAGGAACAAGCUGCCAAAAUGCAGGCCAAAAUUGAGAGACUUGAUGAGGAAAAUAGAGACUUGUGCGCCAAACUGGAUCAAGCUCAGAGAGACUUGGAGGAAAUGGAGGACAAGGAGGAAAAGCUACGGACAAAAUUAAGCAAGUCUAGAGAAAAGAUUGAGAAUUUGACAAGUGGAAACACAAGGACUGCAGAGGUUGAACAGGAAAAUCGAUCCCUCCACACCAAAAUUGAUUCUCUUGUGGAUAAACUUGAGGCAAUGCAAGAGCAAAAAUCUAGCCUAGUUGCAGAGCUUGAAGCAGAGGAACGUGCAAAGUUGGAACUUGAGUGUAGGGUGGAAAAUAUGAAGAUUUGCAUAGAAAAGCUUACGAGGAGCAUUGAAGAACAUGAAAGAUCUGGAUCUAGACUAGGCUCCAAGCUUGAACUCUUGGAGAGUAAUAAUGGAGCCUUGCUGAAAAAAUUGGAGGAUGCAAAACUCGAGCUCUCAAACGCCAAUGCAACAAAACGUCAGCUUCAAAAGAGCUUCGAGGCUCUAGAAAAGACGAAUGAAAGUCUGGAAAAGAAUGUGAAAUCUCUAGAGCGUUCAAACUCAUCCCUUGAAAAAAGGAAUGGGGAUCUCAACAAGGCCCUCUUGGAUAUGGAAAGAGCGUGUGAGUCUCUCAGGUCCUCCAAUGGUUUUUCAGAGCUAGAGGAGCUAAAGAAUGGCUAUGGCCUUUUAAAGGAGGAGAAUGUCAAGCUGCAGAGUGCACAUGCAGAGCUCCAGAGAAAACUUGCAGGGUUGGAAAAGACAAAUUCUGGGCUCGAGAGGAGAAAUGCGGAACUGACGACAAAACUAGACGAUUCCAAGGGCACUAUAAAGGAGCUCAAGGGGAAAAUUGCAAAAUUAGAUGCCAAAAAUGCAGAACUCAAGAGAGAUGUAGAGUCUCUGGGGAAAUGCGAUGUGCAGCUCAAGAAAAGGAUCCAAUCCCUGGAAACCUCCAAUGCUGAAACUAAAAAGAAGCUGGAACUGGAAGUGAUAAAGACGGGUGAUCUAAAGGAAAAGCUAGAGGUUGCAGAGUCCCACAAGAUUAAAUGGAAGAAGGAAACUGAACGGGUAAAGAUGGAAAUUGUUCAAGUGGAAAAUGAAUUGGCCAGGGUUGAAAAGGAGUCGAAGCGUAGCAAGACUGAGUUUGUUCAGAUUGAUAGAGAACGAACAAAGCUAGAAAAGGAACUCGGAAAAGUCACUGGAGAUCUCAAGGAAGUCAAGAGGAGGAACAUGACACUCUGCGCACGUCUAUUCCAAUCCAUGGUGAGACAAAAGAAGCAGGAGAGGGAAACUGUACUUUUGCGGGCAAGAUGCACCUUUGCAAGUCAAAGGGCUGCAUCUGGCAAAAACCUUUCUAGGCUCCUCAUCUCCAACAUUUUGAAAACCAAGGCAAGGCUCGCCAAGAGGACAUGUCAAUUUGCAAAAAUUGUAGAUGCCCUCUCUAUUGAACGUCCAGCUACUUUAUCCGCCAUUAUGGACGGGAUUGAAAAGUUGCAAAUUGCAAGUGAACCAUGCAAGAGGUGUGAGGUCCAGGACAAGGAGGCUCAAAAUCGUGAAAGAAGAAACGAAAAGGAAAUUGAACGCCUCAAGAAAUCCUUUAUGCGGGCUUGCAAUGAGAGGGACGAAAAAAUAAAGGACUUAGAGGUAAAAUUAAAAAAUUACAACAAGACCAGCAAAAAUGAACGCAUGUUAAUGAAUGAAAAUGAAAAACUCAAGAACCAGCUUAGAAUUGAACGUGACAAUUUAUACUCCCUUGAGGAUGAUGUAAAGGUUCAAAUUGAGACGGAAAUGAUAAGAUCAUCAAAUGAAAAAAACGCACUCUAUGCCAAGCAGUAUGAACUCAUUAUGCAGAAUACUAGUCUGCAAAAGGAAAAUGAGCGACUUAAACACACAUUGUCACUCAUGUCUACACACGGUGAUGAAACAUACCUGUCUACCCGAAGUGGCGCUGAUGUCCUUGAUGAAAAGUUUGGGAGGAUGCACAGUAUUUUUAAUGUGGAUGGAGGGGCUAGUAUUGACAAGUAUAGCACUAUAGACAAACCAAAUGUAGCCAAAUAUGGCCAUGUAGUAGUAGAUGGGUACGGCCGUAUUGAAGGAUAUGGCAGUACCGAUAAACAACCACGUCGUCGCGAUGCUGAAAGAGUAAGCGAUAAAUAUGAUGACGACGAUGGGUAUUUUGCAGUACAGGGACCCUUGUAUAGAGGAGAAGAAGAAAAAGGAUAUGUUAAUCGCACUCCGUACAUUACGGUUCCUCCGUAUUAUUAA